UCAAAACCCAACAAUCAAAACAAAACCCUUUCUUUGUUACCUCCUUCUCUUCUAACAAGCCCCACCCUCUCUCACUUUUCUUGUAUAUGUAUUAACCCUCCUCCUAACAUUUUAGACAAAUAUAGAAACUGUGGGAGAGGAAGCAGGGGAAUUCAAGACAGGUUGAUCAUGGCUGCUGUUACUUCUUGUUCUUCUGGUGUUCUGUUUGGAGCAAGAGAGAAUGGAGCUUUUCUGGGACAGUUUGAUGGCCUUAGGCAAGUGGAGAAAAUGCAUAUGCCUUUAGCUUCCACCAAGCCUCACGGACUUGUUUCUACUUCAGCACCAAGAUGUAGAACAAUCAAGGCCAUGGUAUCUCCUGCUGUUUCUGCUCCCAAAAGAGAAACUGACCCCAAGAAAAGAACUGUAAUAACAGGGCAGGGUCUAGUCUCAGUUUUUGGAAGUGACAUUGAUACUUUCUACAACAGACUUCUGGAAGGAGAGAGUGGGAUCACUCUUAUAGAUAGAUUUGAUGCUUCCAGCUUCUCGGUUAGAUUUGCGGGACAGAUUCGUGAUUUCUCUUCUAAAGGCUACAUUGAUGGGAAGAAUGAUCGACGUCUUGAUGAUUGCUGGAGAUAUGGUAUAGUUGCCGGCAAAAGGGCCCUUGAGGAUGCCAACCUUGGACCUGAAGCCCUUGAAUCUAUGGACAAAACAAGGAUUGGUUGCAUAGUUGGGACAGGUAUGGGAGGUUUAACAGCUUUCAGUGCCGGAGUGGAGUCCCUUGUUCAAAAGGGUUACAAGAAGAUUAGUCCAUUUUUCAUUCCUUACUCCAUUACCAACAUGGGAUCAGCAUUGUUAGCAAUAGAUACCGGGUUGAUGGGACCAAAUUACUCCAUCUCUACAGCUUGUGCCACUGCAAAUUACUGCUUCUAUGCAGCUGCAAACCACAUUAGAAGGGGUGAAGCAGAUAUCAUGGUAGUUGGAGGGACUGAGGCAGCAGUCAUGCCUGUUGGUGUUGGAGGUUUCAUUGCUUGCCGGGCCUUGUCUCAGAGAAAUGAUGAACCCCACAGAGCUUCAAGACCAUGGGACAAAAAUCGUGAUGGUUUUGUUAUGGGAGAAGGCGCUGGUGUUCUGGUUAUGGAGAGCUUGGAGAGUGCAUUGAAAAGAGGAGCACCUAUAAUUGCUGAGUACUUGGGAGGCGCUGUAACAUGUGAUGCUCAUCACAUGACAGAUCCUAGAUCAGAUGGACUUGGAGUGUCAUCUUGCAUAACCAAGAGUUUAGAUGAUGCUGGUGUUUCUCCGGAAGAGGUGAACUAUGUGAAUGCUCAUGCAACAUCCACACUAGCAGGAGAUUUGGCUGAGUUUAAUGCCAUCAAAAAGGUCUUUGGGAAGAACACAUCCGAGAUGAAGAUCAACGGAACCAAGUCCAUGAUUGGACAUGGUCUUGGGGCUGCUGGUGGAUUGGAAGCCAUUGCAACCAUUAAAGCAAUCAACACUGGCUGGCUUCACCCAACAAUUAAUCAAGAUGUAUUGAACCACUAUAGUUCAUUUCAUUUUUUCAUAAUUGUAUUCUAUUUAAUUUUUUCUAAUGCUUUCGAUUUACAGGACUUGGAGCCUGCUGUUACAAUCGACACAGUCCCAAACGUGAAGAAGAAGCAUGAGGUUAAUGUUGCUAUCUCAAACUCAUUUGGCUUUGGAGGACACAAUUCUGUGGUGGUCUUUGCCGCUUACAACCCCUAAACAACAUCCAAACCAAAAAGUACUAAAGCAGUCAUUUUCCAUCACCCUUCCUCUAGUUAGAACCCAGCUCAUUGAUUUCUGGGAUGUUCCAUUUUCUCAAAAGCAUGUAAGAGGCUAUGUCAGUAUGCAAAUGAAGUGCGAUGUAUUGAGUCCUCAAAGCCCAUGUAGCCCUUUCCACCAUGUGCAUUUUAUCUCAUCAUGAUGAUCUUUGAUGAGAACGGAUUUUUUCCUUUUUUCACUGAAUAAUACAUAACAUCCAUUUUCUUUCUGUUUAGGUUCAACAUCGAGCAUGUUUUUUUUAUUUUCUGUUUGUAAUGCAGCUAAAUUUUGUAAUAAACAGUUUGAAACAUCAUGGGCUAAUUGUAGAAAAAAUUGUGAGCUUAAAUAAAUUUUAAA